AUGAAUGGCCGGAACAUGGAGGAGAUGCCAUUCGAAAGAGUCAAGACCCGGCGGAGGAAGGGUCACUGCCCGGCCGGUGCACCCCUGGGCGCCAUCGCCUGCGAGGACGAGUUCAACAGCCAGGAGCUGGAGGCUCUGUUCCAGAACUACAACCUGAAGCUGGAGCAGACCGCCACCCUCAAGGCGCUGGCGGUGCUCAUCGUGGCCGCUUCGUCGCUGUCACUGGUGGAGCUGCUGUCCAGCCCGCGUCUCACCUUGUCCAAGGGCUCCUACCCGGUGCACUGCGUGGUGUUCCUGUCGCUGUUCAUCGUCACCAACGUCAAAUACCUGCAGGUGACGCAGCUGCAGCAAAUCGCGAAGCUGGCCCUGCUGUUCAGCUUCACCUUUGCGCUGCUCUGCUGCCCGUUCCCGCUGGCGCUCGGCACGUCGGAGCUGGUGAGCGCCGCUGCCCCUGAGCAAGGCGUGUGGCAGCUCAUGCUGGUCACCCUCGUGGCUUACGUUCUGCUGCCGGUGCGGACGCUGAUGGCCGUGCUGUUUGGGGUGAUGCUGGCUGCGUCCCACUUCAUUGUCAUAGCGACAUCGAUCACGGGAAGAAAGCAGAAGCUGUGGAGACCGCUGGUGGCCAACGCGGUGCUGUUCACCAGCGUCAACUUGUCGGGGGUGUUUGUGAGGAUUCUCACCGAGCGCACCCAGAGGAAAGUCUUCCUGCAGGCCCGCAACUGCAUCGAGGAGAGACUGAGGCUGGAGGACGAGAAUGAGAAACAGGAGCGUCUGCUAAUGAGUCUACUGCCCAGGAAUGUUGCCAUGGAGAUGAAGGAGGACUUCCUGAAGCCACCUGAGAGGAUCUUUCACAAGAUCUACAUCCAACGUCAUGACAAUGUCAGCAUCCUGUUUGCAGACAUCGUGGGAUUCACCAGCUUGGCCUCUCAGUGUACAGCUCAGGAACUGGUCAAACUGCUCAACGAACUCUUUGGGAAGUUUGACGAACUGGCCACAGAGAAUCACUGCAGGCGAAUAAAGAUCCUGGGGGACUGUUACUACUGUGUGUCAGGACUGACCCAACCCAAGGCUGACCACGCCCACUGCUGCGUGGAGAUGGGCCUGGACAUGAUUGACACGAUUGCGUCAGUGGUGGAGGCGACAGAGGUGGAUCUGAACAUGCGUGUCGGUCUUCACACAGGACGGGUGCUGUGUGGCGUGCUGGGCCUCAGGAAAUGGCAGUAUGACGUCUGGUCAAACGAUGUCACACUGGCAAAUGUGAUGGAAGCCGGGGGGCUGCCUGGCAAGGUGCACAUCACAAGGACCACCCUGGAGUGUUUGAACGGGGACUACGAGGUGGAGCCGGGCUUUGGACACGAGAGACAUGCCUUCCUCCAGAAACACCACAUAGAGACUUUCUUCAUUGUGCCAUCACACAGACGUAAAAUCUUUCCAGGUCUGAUUCUGUCUGACAUCAAACCAGCCAAGAGGAUGAAGUUUAAGACAGUGUGCUACCUGCUGGUACAGCUCAUGCACUGUAGGAAGAUGUUCAAGGCCGAGAUCCCCUUCUCCAACGUCAUGACAUGUGAGGACGACGACAAGCGGAGAGCCCUGCGCACUGCGUCAGAGAAGCUGAGGAACCGGACGUCCUUCUCAGCCACCGCCGUGCAGCACUCGCCGGGAACACGGGUCAACCGCUACAUCGGGCGGCUCAUCGAGGCGCGGCAGACUGAGUCGGAGACAUCAGACCUCAACUACAUCACCCUGUUCUACAAGAGCAGAGACAGGGAGCGCAGGUAUCACCAAGUGUAUGACGACCAUUUCAUCAGUGCGGUGGUUCUCUCUCUGAUCCUUGCUGCUCUGUUUGGCCUUAUCUAUCUGCUAAUGAUCCCACAGGGGAUGCUGGUGCUGCUGCUGCUGGUGCUGUGUGUGUGUUUCCACGUGGCCUGUGUCAUGUACCUGCAUCUCACCAGCAUUCAGUGCCAACCAGGCUGCCUCACCAUCCAGAUCCGAACAGUGCUGUGUGUGUUCCUCGUUCUGCUCACCUACUCUGUCACCCAGGCCUGUGUGGUUGGAUGUGUUCCUUGGGGCAAAGUUGAGAUAAACUCCAGCCGCUCUGUGGAGGACAUCCCUGCAGACAUGCUCGGCGUCGGACCCUCCAACAGCACGGCGGUGGACAGAGCUUGUCCCAACAUGGCGUACGCCUUGUUGUCCUGCGUGGCCGGCACCCUCACCAUCGUCCCCUACCUCCGAGUGUCCUCGCUCCCCAAGAUCCUCCUGCUCCUCCUCCUCUCCGUCACCUACACCGUCGUCAUGGAGACCAGCGGCUAUCGCCAAGCUGUGGGUGGUGGUUUUCUGCACACGCGAGGUUAUGACCCUGUGCUGGCAGUCUUGUUGUUUUGUGGAGCUCUGGCUCUUCAUUCAAGACAACUGGACCUGAAGCUGCGGCUCGACUAUCUCUGGGCGACUCAGGCGGAGGAGGAGCGAGACGACAUGGAGAAGGUGAAGCUGGACAACAAGAGGAUCCUGUUCAACUUGCUGCCGGCACAUGUGGCUCAACACUUCCUCAUGUCCAACCCCAGGAACAUGGACCUGUACUACCAGUCCUACGCUCAGGUCGGAGUCUUGUUUGCCUCCAUCGCCAACUUCAACGACUUCUACAUCGAGCUGGACGGGAACAACAUGGGAGUCGAGUGUCUGAGGCUGCUCAAUGAGAUCAUCGCCGACUUUGACGAGCUGAUGGAUAAAGAGUGCUACAGGGAUAUUGAGAAAAUCAAGACCAUUGGCAGCACAUACAUGGCUGCAGUAGGGCUGGUUCCUACAACUGCCUCCAAGGUGAAGAAGUCCAUCACCUCACAUUUAUGCACCGUGUCAGACUUCGCCAUCGAGAUGUUUGACGUCCUGGACGCCAUCAACUACCAGUCUUACAACGACUUUGUCCUGAGAGUGGGUAUCAACGUGGGCCCAGUGGUGGCAGGAGUGAUUGGAGCCAGACGGCCUCAGUACGAUAUCUGGGGAAACACAGUGAACGUAGCGAGCAGGAUGGACAGCACCGGAGUACAAGGAAAGAUACAGGUGACAGAAGACGUUUACCGCCUCAUCACAGACCAGUACAACUUUGUCUGCCGUGGCCAGGUCAGUGUAAAGGGCAAAGGUCAGAUGCUCACCUACUUUCUGGAGGGGCGCAGACAAGGUGGCAGGCUGUCUCACACCCAGCAGCAGCAGCCCGGCAUCACCGAGCGCCGGUCGAGCGCGUUCACCCACGGCAGUGUGUGCACUAGGCUGAGCCCUGCCCCCACCAUCACCACCUACACCACCAUCAGGACGUCGAGCCCGAGCGUGGCCAAGCCAACCACCUCCACCAGCACCACCAGGUACCUGCCCUCUGUCCCCACGGCGAUGGUGUGA